AUGGCAACCCAAAAAAUUGCAGCUGUGGUCGCAUCCUUUGCAAUUGGAUAUGUAUGUGAUACCUUAAUCUCUGACGGGAAGAUACUUGGAGGUACCACUCCAAAAACUGUCUCAAAUAAGGAAUGGUGGGAAGCAACUGACAAGCAGUUUCAGGCAUGGCCGCGGACAGCUGGACCUCCGGUUGUUAUGAAUCCUAUGAGUCGCCAAAAUUUUAUUGUUAAGUCAUCUGAAUCUUGA